AUGCUUUUGAUCAGCGACUCCCACAAACAGCCGGGAGCACCUCUCUGCUCGCCAUCGCACGUCUGCGCUCUCUUCAAAACCUCUUUUUUUCCCUUUCCCUGUAGUCUGAGGUGGAAAGACCAGAGCGAAGACCGGAGCGGAGACCUGAGUGGAGACCUGAGUGGAGACCAGAGCGGAGACCAGAGCCAAGACCAGAGCAGAGACCAGAGUCGAGACCAGAGCGGAGACCAGGAUCUCGCUAAUGGGACCCGCUACGGCAGCCCGCGGACACACUCCCGAGACGCCACAAUGGGAAAAACAGCCCGGCUGAAGCCCUGUGCGGAGCGGAGGUGA